GCGCAGUCAAAUACAUAUAUAUAUAUAUACAUAUAUUAUUUUAUAGAUAAAGAUUUUUACGGAAGUAAAAAGGGAAAGUGGCAUAUUUAAACAGAGGUACCUAUACUGUAUAAAAACGUACAACGGCCUAAAAGUUUUUCAGCAAAAUGGGAAAGGCGAUGGAGGAUGUUUUUGGACGUGGUCAAGGGCUUGGUGGAAGUUCAUCGGUCGUAGUGUUAAUUCCUAGCCAUACUUCCAUGACCUCAAAUUCUAUUCCAACAACUGCCAUGAAUAUACACGUAAACGCCAACACGCUGAAAUACAUCAGCUUAAUCACAUUAACAUUGCAAAAUGCGAUACUUGGACUUAGUAUGCGAUAUGCACGUAUACGGCCCGGUGAAAUUUUCAUAAGCACCACAGCUGUGCUUAUGUCCGAGUUGGUCAAACUACUCACUUGCCUUGUGUUAGUCUUCAAUGAAGAGGGUAAGGACGCGCAAAAAUUUGUACGAACUUUGCACAAAACCAUUAUUGCGAAUCCGGUUGACACUUUGAAAGUGUGCGUCCCCUCUCUAGUAUAUAUUGUACAAAAUAAUUUGCUAUAUGUAUCUGCCUCGCAUCUGGAUGCGGCGACCUAUCAAGUAACCUAUCAACUGAAGAUUCUCACUACUGCAAUGUUUGCAGUAUUUAUUUUACGUCGACGGCUGAUUCAUACACAAUGGGGCGCAUUAGUGUUACUUAUUGCAGGCGUUGUAAUGGUGCAAUUAGCGCAAACAGUGGACGAUAAUGUAGGAAGCGCACCACCAACUGGACCGGAACAAAAUCGCAUGCUUGGAUUGUGGGCAGCUCUUGGCGCUUGUUUUCUGUCUGGCUUCGCUGGAAUUUAUUUCGAAAAAAUUCUUAAAGGUGCCGACAUAUCCGUAUGGAUGCGCAACGUUCAACUCAGCUUGCUUAGUAUACCAUUUGGCUUGCUAACCUGCUUCAUUAACGAUGGGCGACAAAUUGCCAGUGUCGGAUUUUUCUAUGGCUAUGAUUUAUUCAUUUGGUAUUUGAUAUUUCUACAGGCCGGCGGUGGCUUAAUUGUUGCCGUCGUAGUCAAGUAUGCAGAUAACAUAUUAAAAGGUUUCGCCACCUCUUUAGCUAUUGUCGUUUCGUGUAUAGCUUCAAUCUAUAUUUUCGACUUUAAAUUAACAACGCGUUUUGCAGUGGGUGCGGGACUAGUAAUCGCAUCCAUAUUCCUGUACGGCUAUGAUCCUAAAAAAUCAGCUGCAAGCUCUAGGCAGACGACAGUCGCAUCUGCCCAAAAGAAUGAUACGAAAUCAGAAGAUGAGGAGAAACUUUUACCCAGAGUUUAAUUGCUGAUGUUUGACAGAAAAAUCGAUUUUUAAAAUUUAUUUACAGUAUUUACUACAUACUUAAAUAUUGAUAUUGGUUAGAUUUAGACUUAAAAGGGUUAUUAUUAAAAUUGCGAAGAAUAAGGUUUACUUGUUUACGAAAGUUUUAUUCUUGUUUAAAAACUUUUUGUGACCUAAGCUUAUUCUUUAAUUAAUUAAAUUAAACAUUUACUCAAAUAUAUCUGAAUUUCUAAUUA